UUGUGCGCCUGCGCAGUAGCAUCUAGUGUGACGUCGCCAUGGCGAGCCGUAAAGCUGCGCAGCCAAACAAAGACAAUAAAGACAAAUACUCCGUCUUAUUACCGACGUACAACGAAAGAGAAAACCUUCCUCUGAUCGUUUGGCUCCUGGUGAAGUACUUCGGGGAAAGUGGAUUUAACUAUGAGAUCAUCGUGAUCGAUGACGGAAGCCCAGAUGGGACGCUGGAGGUGGCGGAGCAGCUGCAGAACAUUUAUGGCAAAGAUAAAAUACUUCUUCGACCAAGAGCCAAAAAACUAGGCCUUGGCACCGCCUACAUUCACGGCAUGGGGCACGCCAGCGGGAACUUCAUCAUCAUCAUGGAUGCUGAUCUCUCCCACCAUCCCAAGUUCAUCCCUCAGUUUAUAAGGAAGCAGAAGGAGGGGGAUUAUGACCUGGUAUCUGGCACGCGUUACCAAGGUGAUGGCGGCGUUUACGGCUGGGACCUGCGCCGGAAACUCAUCAGCCGAGGGGCCAACUUCCUGACGCAGGUGCUGCUGCGGCCCGGGGCCUCAGACCUCACCGGGAGCUUCAGGCUCUACAAGAAGAAGGUUCUGGAGAGUCUGGUGGAACGGUGUGUGUCCAAAGGCUACGUCUUCCAGAUGGAGAUGAUUGUCCGAGCCAGACAGCUCAACUACACCAUCGGAGAGGUGCCCAUUUCCUUUGUGGAUCGAGUUUACGGAGAGUCCAAACUGGGAGGGAAUGAGAUCAUUUCAUUUGUCAAAGGACUGCUCACUCUGUUCGCCACCACAUGAUCAGCGCUGAGCUCCAGCAGACCUUUACUUCACCUUCCUGUGGCUCUGCAGCUCCGUCCAUCUUUAAUGAAAAUGUUUUCUUCUAUAGUCUGAAGAGUAUGGAAGGAAGAGAAGAUCUACAUUCCCACCAUUCCUGUUGAUUUGGUGUCUUAUCAUUCCCAGCUGUGGAUGUGAACCGGCCUCUGGGUCACAGAAUGGAUGUUUGUAUCAGAAAUAAAUGCUUUAUAUUGAAGCCACGGUUUGGUGGUCGGAGGCAGUA